AUGUCCACCCAAGAGUUCCGUGAAGCUUUAGCGCUCCGUCGAGCUAUAUCCUACUAUGUGAGCGACUUCACUGGGGUGUUUACCAUCGGGAUCCAGCUCCUUAUGUGCACAUAUGGCCUAUCGGCCUUCUUGGCCACGCCGCUCGAACGAAGAAAAGGGCGAUUGCCAUACAUGAUUCUGAGCUUCGUGAUAUUCAUUCUUUUUGUGACUAUCACGGGGUUCGAUCUUCCAAAAAACUGUCAAAUCUUGUAUCUGUCAGAGCCUGGCGCGUCAUAUUAUAAUGAACGGUCGCGAGCGAUCAGAGGUGCAAUGGCUACAGCUUCUCAAGCUCUAAUCAACGCCUUCGUAGCGCUGGGAGACGCCCUCUUGCUUUAUCGGUGUUAUGCUAUCUGGAACGACACCCUCUGGGUUCUUGUCCUUCCAACGCUGGUCUUCCUCAGCUAUAUAGCACUGGCUUUAACUAACAUUGUUCGAUCAGCAAAGGGCAUAUCUGGGAGCUCAGAGAGCCAAAUCCUCAUAUCACAGCAGGUUCAAAUCGCCUACACCUGCCUCACAGUCGCCCUGAACGUAAUCACGACAUCCCUUAUAGCCUACCGAAUUCUCCGCGCACAGCGCCUUCUCUCAAGAUCCCUUCCCGGUCGCAAGAUGGGUGUUUAUUCCGACGCAGCGAGGAUAGUGAUCGAGUCUGCCCUCCCCCUAUCAUUGUUCGGCCUCUUCUAUGCUAUUUUCAAUACCUGUAACUGGGCCUCGCGAACCUCAAGCGGUCUUCCGAAUUUGGACUACUACCUCACUUCUAGCAUUUCGAGCUCGGUGUACUUCUGCUUCGCGGCCCUGUCACCUCAAAUGAUUAUCUUCCGCGUUACGACAGGUCGGUCGCACACACACCAGGGAGAUCUGGCCUCGUCGGUUAAUCCGGAUAGCGAGCCGUUGGGGGCGCUUGACUUCAAAUCUGGGCACGCGGACCAAUCGAGCAUUUCGAGCUAUGAAGAGGAGGAAGACAGUGUCCUCCCACCACACGCUCGUGACGAUCCGAACGCAAUAACGGAGGAACCGAAGUUUGUAGCCCGUCAAGCCGAAGUCUAA